AUGUGUGUAGAGAACAAUGGUAAGUAUAUGGAAGUGUUAUUAUGUGAGGAAAGCAAGCAUGACCAAGGAGGGAAAAAGGGGCUAAGAGAAGUAAGGAUGCUGCAAAGGCAAGGGAAUGGCUGGAGAGGGUCAAAGAUGAUGUGGAUUUCAAGAAGAGGAAGAGUGAGGCUGACAAGAGGUACAAGGCAAGGAAAAAGGCAGCAAGGGAUCAAGCCAAGUUGUCCAGCAGUCGACAUAGCCUGGACAUGUUGUCGAUCUCAAUGGCUGGCUGCUAAUCUCCUCGUUGGCUCAUCAACGAGGGUCGUGAGCAGGAGGCUCUCACUAUUGUUGCUGGCAAUUUGUUGUCUUCCCGAGAAGGACCUUGCCAUCCAGAUGGAGUACCUCGAGGUCAAGGCUGAGAAGCUCUUCGAAGACUGUGUCUUGGUUCACGAAGCAGCAACUUUAAGCUGGGUGCUGCCGAGUACAAGUCUGUCGUUGUCAAGCGUGCCAACUGCUUUUACCGCUGCUCCAGAAAGUGUGCAAAAGGGCAGAGUCGGCUCUUCCGUCUCGCUCGGGGCUAGCCGCUGCUGUUUGUGUGAUGUUUUCUGA